AUGAAAUCAUUCCCCCAAUUCCCAAACCUCCCCACCGAGCUCCGCGCCCAAAUAUGGCAACACGCCCUCCCACCACCCCCCCAAAACCCCCUCUACAUCUACACCAAAGGCUGCUGGCAACCUCACACCAACUCCUCCAACUCCAUCACCUACUCCUUCAACCACUCCCUCCUCCCGCCCGCCGACUUCCCCAUCCCCCUCUUCUUCGUCAACCGCGAAGCCCGCACCAUAGCCCACACCUACAUCCACCAGCAAAACCUCUCCAUCCGGUACAACGCCCCGUCCCAAUCCCUCAAAUUCGUGCGCCCCUUCAACACGACCCUCGACACGCUGUACAUCCCAUCCGACAAGUUCAACGACUUCAUCUGCGAGCCGGCAGAGCGGCAGUUCGAGCCAGACCUGCUGGAGCAGAAUCUGGGGUGUCCGCCGCCGCUGUUCACGAGGAUGGCUAUUUCGCGGGAGACGCUGCGGGAUGAGGAUGAGCCUAUAUUUGAGUUUUUUGAGUGGUUCUACGGCGUUGAGAAGGUGUUUGUGGUUCUUGAUGCGGAGGAGCUGGAGAGUGGGGAUGAGUUGAAGGUGCAGCCGAGGUGGGAGAUGGAGUUGGAGGAGUCAGUUUUAAGCUGGGAUGGAGGAAAGCGGGAGUUUGUGUGGCGAGGAAGAAGGGAUGCGGAUGAUCGUGGGGAAGUGCCGUAUGAGUUGAUGGAAUAUAAGGCUGCUGGUGCGGGUUUGCGUGAGAGCAUUGAAGAGCAUCAGAAAGAGUCCUUUGAGAUAUGGCCAGCCCAUGCGGUGAUGAGGUGA